ACCAAAAAUCCCUACCGCUCCUUUUUUUUUUUUUUACAUCAAACAGUACUUUUGCAAAUAAUAAUUAAUAUAAAGUUAAUGAAUAACCUUAUGGAAAAUGUGUUCCUCCGGCGUCUGGUCUUCCUCCUCGUGGCCUCCUCCACAAUAGCCAUCAUCUCUUUCCCGGCGGCCGAUGCCCAGGUAUUGGACUUAGUCCACCUGGACCAUCUGGCCCGUGGCCAGCCCGUGGCCCGAAGCCAGCGCCUGGCCCGCAUGUUCGCUCGAGACAUGGCCCGCAUGGAGAGGAGGAGAAUGCUGGGGUCCUCCACGACCGGUUUGGUCUCUCUUGCCGAUAUGCACUCCGGGGAGUUUGCCGCCAAGAUGGCGGUCGGGACCCCUCCACAGAACCUCUGGAUGGUGGCCGACACUGCCAGCGAUCUGACGUGGAUGAAGUGCACGUACGCCGGGAACGGGAAUUGGACGGGCGGAAAAUUUUUCCUUGCCGACAAUUCAAAUUCCUUUGCGCUCGUCAAGUGCCUCCAUAAAGGUAAGGCGUGGAGUUGCCCGAACGAAAUCGAGGAUGCCUUUGACCCCGUCGAUUGGUGCCGCAUAUCCGGGAAUUGCGCCUACGAUUAUAGCUACGCCAUCGGGAUGGCGUACGGCGACUUCGCGCGAGAGACCAUCACCACAAACACCGCGAAAUUCCGGAAUCAUCUCGUCGGCUGCACCUACGCGGCCGACUCCCUCGACGACAUCAUGGGCGCCUCUUACGGCAUCCUGGGGCUCGGCUCCGGCAAGUUCUCGUUCGUGAGUCAGACCUCCGUAACCUUCGGGUCCCUAUUCUCGUAUUGCCUCGUCGACCACCUCAGCCACCUCAAUGUGCCUGGCAGUCUCGCCUUCGGCCCACACCCGAAGCCCAAAACCUCUGGGCCCACGAGCUGCACCGAACUAAUCCCGAGAGUCAACAACACGUUUUACGGAGUCAAAGUCGAGGGCAUCCGGGUCAACGGGGCCGACCUCAAAAUCCCGAGAGACACGUGGAAGAUCGAUAACUACGGGAGAAGCGGGACCAUCGUGGACUUGGGACAGAGCUUCACGUCGCUGAACGACGAGGCGUACAAGAAAGUGAUGAGUUCCCUAAACGGGGCGUUGUCGGGUUUUAAGAGGGUGCGUCCUUCAAAGACGGAUACCUUCGAGUACUGCUACCACAUUUGGUCGAACCAGCCCGUGAAGAAUUUUCCGCUGCUCGAGAUUGUUUUCGAGGGCGGGAGUGUGUUUGUGCCCGAGCAGUCGGCGCUGCUGAUCGACUACAAACAAGGGGUCAAGUGCCUGGGUUUCGUCAAAAAUGGGGGGCCUUAUUACAACGUGAUAGGGAACAUACUGCAGCAGAAGCAUUGGUUCAGCUUCGACACGCCCAAACGCCAGCUGUGCUUCGCAAGUGCGAGCUGUUGCGCCAGUUGACCGGGGCCCGCCGGCCGGCCGCGAGGGCUAAAAUUUCCGGUUUUAAAUCUAAUCCAAAGUUGUAUCAGCUUUUAAUUAGGCCAUGUAAGGCAUAUGUUACUGUGUUUGUGUUUUCCUUUUCCAUAUCCACUGCUCUUUCGAAUGUUUUGAAUAAUUACUGUUUCAGUGACGUGAUAAUAAAUUAAUAUUUUGAUUAAUAUACGGUGGUUAUUAAUAUAUAUAUAUAUAUAUUGCAUAUCUGUUGAAUAUAAUGUUGCCGGAUUUUC